CGGUCUUAAGCUAUUAUAUGAAAAAUUGGCAUGAUAUUAAGCAUCAGUGGUCAAUGCAUACAGAAUUCUGCAAAAAUAAUUUUCUUAAUAAUACUAAUAAUAGAUUGGAAUCUAUUAACGGUAAAAUAAAAGAUGUUAUUUCAAGAAAUAGCAGCCUUGAAGACUUUUUCAUAGGAUUCUUUAAAAUAACAUCUAGUAUGAAUUCCGAACGCGCCCAUAAGUUCAUAUAUAGUGAAUUAAAACGGACUGUUACUAAAUUUGAAGCUGACAGUGUUGAAGCUCGAUAUUUAAAGCUAUUGACAAAAGAACCUGGAAAACAAUUAAUCAAACAGCUAGAAUUUUCAAGAAAGGUAAAAGAUAUACAACAGGAUUUAGCACUUCAUAAUUCCUUUUUAAUAAAAUCUUCAGAAGGGACGAUUAAUACGGACAUUUAUAAAUGCUCUUGUUCAUAUUUUAUUUCCAUGCUUUUGCCGUGUCGUCAUAUAUUUGCUGUCAGAAAACUAUUAAAUCAGCCUCUAUUUGAUCCCCUCUUGCCAGAUAAAAGAUGGACUGUAAGUUACAACAAAUCAGUGUUAUUCCCAGAAUCGAUGCCUGACGAAAAUGAAACUGAAAACAUUUUUCCAAAUGUUGCUAUUACCAUAGCAAAACCAAAACAUAUAGUCUCAUAUGGCCAGAAACGACGGAAUAUCUUACCAAUAACUAAUAGUCUUGCGGAUCUAGCCGCUCAGCGGUCAAAUAUGUUAUACGAAAGACGAAAACAAUUAUUACUUACUAUUAAGAAAUAUUGGGAAGAAGAUAUUGAUAUAAAAAUUUUACCAGUCAGUGCAAUAGAUAGUCUUAAUGGAGACAAGGAGAGUCAAUUAGUGUCGGCUGAUACGUCCCCUGAUGACAUUAGUAACAAUAAUAAUUGGAAUUUAGAAACGGAGCACUUAGAAAAUAAUGUCUGGGUUCCAGCAGAAAACGUGAUUGUAGAAGAACUAGUUGAAAAUAAUGAUGAAAUUGAAAAUUUGGAUGCAUCUUCCUCAAAUAAGAUUGUCAUACUGGAAAAUAUUGUACUGCCUAGUACUAGUCAAAUUUUAAAUAAUGAAAAUACUAAAAACAUGGUAUCUAAGUAA